UGCGCCACCACUUCGAAAUAUUGCGGUUGAAGGCAUUCCAUAAGCGUCACCAAUCUCUCCUAUAAUCUCCGGCUAGGAGAGUAAAUUUGGGAGAUUUGUACGGUGAUCGACGUCAAUUAACAUGACUUUGGUGCCGAUUUUCUCUGUAUUUAGACAGACGAAACUACUCCUUUCACCUCUCCAAUACACCGUGUCAAAGUGCGGAUAUGCAGUACCAGCAACGACACUUGGGAAGGCAAAAAAAUCGAAGAAGAGUUUAACAGGCCCCGGAAAAAUAAUUCUCCCAGUGGAGACUGACGCCCACAAACUGGUGAAUUACGUCUGUGGCUCGAACAUCUACAAAGAAGGUGAGGAUGUCAAGCUCAAACCCGAGAGUGAGUACCCAGACUGGUUGUGGACUAUUUGGACUGACAAUCCUCCGAAACUUGAAGAGCUAGACCCCAACACCAAAGCCUACUGGAGAAGGUUACGAACUAUCGCCCAGAGGAGAAAUAAUAUCAAAGCACUUCAUAAGCAAAAGAAAACCUCUUAUAAAAUAUAAAUGCAGAAUUAUGCGCAUUAAUUAAUUAUACAAUUAGCUCUUAACUAAGAUUUUGUCAAUAAAAUUGUCAAUAACUGUUAAUAAAAUUGAUAUCUGACAUAUUGUUGUUAUCAAGAUAUUGAAUAAAUAUUUGAAGAAGAGAGAACAAUCAAGGAACAAUUCA